CCUUUCACAGCUUGUUGAUCUGUGAAGACAUGCUAAGUCUGUAGAGACUCUUUCUACCCCUAGCAAAAGAACUCAGGGGAGCAAAAUCCAGCUGUGGAGAUACCCUCUGGAGAGGAGAUGCAGAGGCAACAUGACAGAAAAGCAAGCAAGAACAGAGACCUGUGCACUGAGCAAGAAAAACAAAGCAGAGUUAACCGCUCCAAGAGAAGUGUUGGAAGGCAUGAGGUGCAGUCCUGGACAACAGCCACCAAGCAAUCCUUGUGCCUCCUGUGGCAAAAAGUGAAAGUGCAGCUAAUGCUAAGCAUGUCUUUCAUCGUUACUGUCAUUUGGUAUUGCAGAAGGCUAUACAGCUUUUUAGCACAGCUGCUGAAACGGUGGAGCAACUACCUUCAGAGAAAACUCAUAAGGAAUCUCAGUGUGCUGACAGAAGUUGAUCUACUUGGGCAUAGUGUGAGAGAAUGGAAAGGAGAAACACAGCAGGCCAAACAUAUGAGGGAGGCAUAUGAAGAAUUGUUUUGGAGCUGUCAUAUCAAAUACCUGCGACAAGUCAGGAGGGAUAACUAUUGUGUACUAAGAGCGGUGCUUUUUCAGAUAUUCAGCCAAGGCAUACCUUUUCCAUCAUGGAUGAGGGAGAGAGAUAUAUUAAAGCUCCCUGAAAAGCUGUUGUAUUCUCAAGGUUGCAACUGGAUUCAGCAAUACAGUUUUGGGCCAGAAAGAUACACAGGUCCUAAUGCCUUUGGUAAAUUGCGCAAAUGCAUGGAGACAUUAAAGACAAACUGGAUUGAAAUAAUUGCUACUAAAGAUUAUGAAGAAAGAGGAAACAUCUGUAACACAUUCUUUUCUGAUGAGAGCAAGGAGUACAAAAUGUAUGAGGCCAUAAAAUUCAUCAUGCUUUACGAAGUUGUGGAAGCCUAUGAGAAGAUAAAGAACAGGGAAGAACCCAUACAUAGCCUCUUUAGCCUUCUCUUUGCUCGUGAUUCUUCAUCUGACCCUUUGAGUUUCAUGAUGAAUCAUCUGAACUCCAUAGGUGACUCUCUUUGCCUAGACCAGGUUGAACUGUGUCUUCUUGGAUACUUACUUGAAGUAAAGAUAAGAGUUUACAGACUGCAUAGGUUUAAUACUGAGGAAUUUCAAGUAAACUAUCCAGAUGAAUACCGAAGGGAAUGGAAUGAGGUUUCUCUCCUGACUGAGGAUGACCGCUACUAUCACAUCCCUGUUUUCCAAACAUGAAGGACCAGUGACUUAUUCCCUUUGUAUAAUAUAGUGAGUGACCAGUUCCAGUGAAUUAUGUUCCUAAUCAGUAGCAGUAAGAUUUUGAGAAUGCUCGUUAAUUAUAACAGAAUGAUUGAUGCGUUUAUUGUGUAAACGUUUUUCUUUACUGUUGCAGCUCAAUUCAUCAUCAGCCAGCUAUAAAACCUAUAAAAUAUGUUCCUAUACUGUCUGGGGGAAAAAGUGUUGUAUUUGAGGUUUGUUAGACAGAAAAGAUUGGACUGCAUGACGAAGAAGGCAAAGGUAAUGCUGGGGUUUCUAUUGCUAGCCUGAAGGUUUACUCUGACAUCUCUGGAUGGGUUCCUAAACUCUAGUUCCUAAAGCAAUUACUGCCUUUCCCUUGUCUGUCUCUAGCUAAGGAGCAUGAAUCACAGAGCAAGCAACUCCUGGGGUCUGCAGUGUAUACUCCAGGCUAUUAAUUCUGCGUUGACUUGGGGCUAACUAGGAUAGGAGGAUGUAAAGUGGGGCCUCUGAGUAACUCCUCAUCCCAUUUGGCUUUCCUGUUGCUGGAAUGCUCCCUUCAGGGAUGGGCAGAGCAAGCAGCUGUAGGCUGUAUUGAUUUCAGAAAUGUGAGAUUCAGCUGUCUGCACUUAGCGCUGAUACCUGAAAGUGAAGAAGUGUUACACAGGGGGAAACUCCUCAACACACUCAAGAAUGCUGUGCCAGAUGAACAGAAGAUCU